AUGAAAGAAGAAGAAAAGAAAGAGAAAGAAAAGAAGAGAAGAAGAGAAGAGAAGAAAAAUACGAAGAAAAAGGGACUAAUAGACGAGGGAAAGGAGAAAACCAAUAAAGAAAAAGGAAAAGAUGCUAAGAAAGUAGAAGAGAAAGGAAGAAGAGAAGAGAGAAGAGAAAAGAGAAGAAAAGAAAGUAAGAAGCCACAAGAGAAGAGAAGCAAAGAAAAAGUAGACAGGAAAACGCCCCAAAUGAAGCGAAGAGGAGAAAAAGAAGGACAAGCCCGAAGGAAAAAGAAGAGGAAAUGAUAGAACGAGAAGAAAGAAUGAGAAGAGGUAAGUCGAAGACAAUAAUAUACGAAAUCUAUACCUACAAUCAUCGCCUGUACUGAGCAUCCGUCUCAUACAUAGACUCUAGUAAUAAUUAAGAUCCUCUCUUCCUCCUCCUCCUCUUCCUCCUGUCCUCCUUUCUCUAUAACUCCAGCAUGUUAACCAUGGUCUGGGGGUGUGUGUGGGUCUCCUGGGGAACGGUGAAUUGAGCCCUGGCAGCUCCUAAUAGGUGGUAAAGUGUUGACUUCCAGGGAAAUGGACUGAAGCUUUAACCUGGGAUGGAAAUUGAUCCCAUUACCUUGAGCUCUGGCUACUAGGCUGCUCGCCUCCCGUAUGAGAGAGGGGGGAGGAAGAGGGAGAGAGGGAGGGGGAGAGGGAGAGAGGGAGGUGGAGGGAGGGCAGGGAGAGAAGUAGAAAUGGGUAGAAAUGGAAAGAGAAAAACAGAGGAAGAGAGAGAGGUAGAAAAAGAAGAGGGAAGAAAGACUAUGUGAUUAGCGGUGAUAGGAUGGCAGUGGGGGUUGUGGUCUGGACUAAAAGACAGACGGAGACAGAUUCAGUCUGGAUAGUUUCCUCAGUAUCCAUGUUGAGCUGAUAACUGACCUGGACAGGGUGGGAUGGAAGGAGAGGGGGAAGGAGGGAGAGGAAUGACAUGGUCUAAAGGGAUGAUAUGUCCCAUACAGUGAGACUAUCACCAGUAGGUCUGGAGGGAUGAUAUGUCCCAUACAGAGAGACUAUCACCAGUAGGGUCUGGAGGGAGGAUAUGUCCCAUACAGAGAGACUAUCACCAGUAGGUCUGGAGGGAUGAUAUGUCCCAUACAGAGAGACUAUCACCAGUAGGUCUGGAGGGAUGAUAUGUCCCAUACAGAGAGACUAUCACCAGUAGGUCUGGAGGGAUGAUAUGUCCCAUACAGAGAGACUAUCACCAGUAGGUCUGGAGGGAUGAUAUGUCCCAUACAGAGAGACUAUCACCAGUAGGUCUGGAGGGAUGAUAUGUCCCAUACAGAGAAGACUAUCACCAGUAGGUCUGGAGGGAUGAUAUGUCCCAUACAGAGAGACUAUCACCAGUAGGUCUGGAGGGAUGAUAUGUCCCAUACAGAGAGAUUAUCACCAGUAGGUCUGGAGGGAGGAUAUGUCCCAUACAGAGAGACUAUCACCAGUAGGUCUGGAGGCUUUGCAGUUUGUGAUUUUGGUUUUGGGAAUGGAGAAGCUCACGUCUUCACACGUCAAUGUUACACUGACACAAACAAAGGACCGGCACUAUUCAGGGGCCAAAUCAUAGAGGAUGGAUUGGUGCGCUGUAGUCAGAGUUAGAUUAGGGUUUCUUUUGAAUUCAAAGAAUGAACUGGCACAAUCUAAUACAGACAGACAGACUGAUAAUGCUAUAUUCGUUUGGGAGAUGGGUUUGAAAAAAAAAUAUACAAAAUCAGCACACACAAAAAAAUAAUACCAUUUGGCUCAUUCAACCCAUGUUGAAUGACACAUUUAAUCAGGUCAUUGCUGUAAAAAGAGGUGCUCUCAGUCAACACACCUGGUUAAAACAAAGGUUACAUUCAAACAGACAUUGUUUUCUUCCACCACAGACCCAAUGCAAUGAACAACAUUUGCUUAGGAUAAUCACACAGGCACGCACGCGCACACACACACACACACACACACACACACACACACACACACACACACACACACACACACACACACACACACACUCCCAAACAAUGAGAUCCUUAUCCGUCCACCAUGUAUCCUCUAAAUACCUUACUUCUCCCCCCAUACAGAGCCCAUCCACAGCCCCAGGCGUCUAGAGGUAGUUGACGUCCAAUCUAAACAAGUCACCAUUCGCUGGGAGCCGUUUGGCUACAACGUGACGCGUUGCCAUAGCUACAACCUGACGGUGCAGUACCGCUCCCGCGUGGCGGGGAAGAACGAGACCCGCGAGGAGGUGUGUUACGACACCCUGGGUCGCGACCCCCAGCACACCAUCCACAACCUGACCCCUUACACCAACCUGUCAGUCAAACUGGUCCUCAAGAACCCAGAGGGGGUGAAAGAGAGCCCAGAGAUGGCGCUACAGACAGACGAGGACGGUAAGCGUUAUAAUUACAUUUACAUUUACAUUUACGUCAUUUAGCAGACGCUCUUAUCCAGAGCGACUUACAUUAUAUAUAUUUUUUCAUACCCCCUG